CUACUUGUCAUACUAAAAUAAGUAUAACUUCAAGUCAUCUAAAAUUUCCAUAGAUAUAAAUUGUAAAUCUGUGAAAAUUUCAUAAAAAGUACGUAAUUUACUUUUGAAUUUAGAACAUUUCUAUUGGUCAUAGCCCCGUGGCCCCUCCAUUCUUAUUUUAAACUAUAUCAAUCAAUAAUCAUUGGCAUCAUGUUUGCACUUAUAAAGUUGUUCGGUACCGGAAUAGGAUAGUUAGAUAGGUAUAUAAUAAUAUUGUUUUAAUUUUACUAAUAAUAUUUUGAUGUUUCACUCAACAAAACUUGAUUUAAUUAUACAAGUGUUGAUUUGAUCUUGGGCUUCCGGGUAUUCCGCUUAUCCGCUAUCCGUCAUCCUUGUGUUGGCAGUACUGACACACUGCGCCCCCGCGCGUUCUUGAACAAAAAUCGAUUAUGUCGGUACGCGAUUUUUGGGCAGCAGUGCUCAUAAAAAUCUUCGCGAAUCGUGGAAUGUAGAUGUCGAUUAUGACAUCUAACUACGGACGUACGGACUAGCAUCCAUAUUCCCAUGAUAGAAGUUCCCGAAGGCGUCUGCGCAUAUACUGACCACGCAGAGCGCGAAGCGGUGAAGGUGGUUUUGCCAGAAUCCGCGCCCGCACACUGACUGCCAAUGCUUCGCGAGUGCUCGUGUGUGUAGUGUGUGCGAAGGGGCAUGCGGGAGCGGGGGUAGAGCCAUGCAGAGGGGCGGGGCGAGCGCGGGGAGUGAGGUGAAGGCGCGCGCGGGGGCCCUCGCGCUGUUGCUCCUGGCCAGCUUCACACCGCCAGGCGCGUGUGACGUGGCAGGCGGCGCGGGGUCAAUAAACUCUCUACCAGCGGGUAUCAGUGGGUCACGACUUGCGCCUUCCUUCGACCCUGCCACCCCUAGGAAUGUGACAGCCCUAGUCGGCAAGUCCGCAUACCUCAGCUGCAGAGUACGCAACCUUGGAAACAGAACGGUGUCAUGGAUCCGUCACCGCGACCUGCACAUCCUGACCGUGGGAGGCUACACGUACACCUCCGACCAGCGGUUCCAGGCGACACACUCCGCACAGACCGACGACUGGACGCUGCACAUCAAGUGGGCGCAGCAGCGGGACGCCGGCGUCUACGAGUGCCAGGUCUCCACGCAGCCCGUGCGCUCCUUCUUCGUCACGCUGCACGUUGUUGAUUGCGAGGAGAUCUACAAAACUUACCUAAACCAGUGGCUGCAACAGCAGAUGCUCGAGGACGCGCCCGCGCCGCUCAUGCCAUCGGCGCGGAUCUUGGGCGGGCCGGACCUGCACGUGGACAUCGGCUCCACCAUCAACCUCACCUGCCUCAUCCAGUUCAGUCCGGAGCCCCCCGCCUACAUCUUCUGGUACCAUGAGGACGAGGUGAGCGGACGCAAACAGGUGAUAUCGUACGACUCGUCGCGCGGCGGCGUGUCCGUGGUGACGGAGAAGGGGGCGGCCACCACCUCGUACUUGCUGGUGCAGGACGCGGCGCCGGCCGACUCCGGCCGCUACUCCUGCUCGCCCUCCAACGCGGAGGUCGCCUCCGUCAGAGUACACGUGCUCAAUGGCGAGCGGCCGGCGGCGAUGCAGACGGGCUCGGCCGGGCUGUCCAACAGCUCGCACUGCAUCGUCGCGCUGCUGUGCGCGUGCGUGCUGCACGCGCGGCUGCUGCGCGCGCAGCUCGCCAGCUGAUCGCACGCUCGCCCGCCGCCCGCCGCACGAGGACCGCAUGCCGUUCUAACUUAGUCCCAAAUGAGAGACACGUUACGUCCGGGACGAACUUAUUAUUUAUUGUUUGUACGGCUAAGAAAAUGGAAGAAUAAUUUAAAUUUCAAUAAAACAAUAUACUGCGUUUCUUUUUGUCUUGUAAAAUUGGAAUGUCGCUAAUCGUAUUCGUGGCUAAGUUCGAACGUUUGCGGAUAGUGCUGUAAAUAUGUGUUACGAAGUUUCUUGUCUAAAUAAUUUUAAGCGAAAACGUAGUUUUCCGUUAAUUAAGAGAUUAUUGGAGGUUAGAAAAUAUUUUAAGAUUUUUAUGAACAAAUAACGUGUAGAGUCAAAUCACUGUGAUUACUGUUCGUCGCUGAUCGUUGAGACGCGGCCGGCCUCGGCUUGGCGGAGCAUAGCAUAGUCCGGUAGACAAUCACUCAAAUAAUGUUGUAUAAAUGUAAAUAAAAUUAGUAGUUUCCUCAAGUUUUUAUCAACACCGCUCAAUAAAAUAUUUUAUUCAAAUUAAUUACGACAAUCAUAACCCUUUCCCCGUUUGUGUUUGGUACUGAAAGCAGAGCCACCUUCAGCUUCCCCCUGCCGCUGCCGCGUCAGUCGCCACUCGGCCCGCCACUUAAUUCUUCUGUGAAUAUAUUUCAACAUAGAUAUCCAUACACCAUUACAAAUCACGAUUUUGAUAUUUUUGUUGUUCUCUCGAUUGAGAUUGUACAUAUAUAGUUAUAAUGUAAUAAAUGUUUUAACAAAAAAGUUAUAGUAAUAUUUAAUGUAAUGUAAUAAAGAGUACUUAUUCUCGUUACAAUUGUCGUGCCAGUCGAUGAGAGAGGCUGCUAGACAGAAUGUGAAUUGUUUUAUCCAUCGACGGGUGGGUAAUAGUACAUUGUUCACCGUGGUAAGAAACUAAAGGAUUUCAACGAGGGUGACAUGUUAAGCCCGAGACGUAGUCGAGGGCAUUAGUCAUCCGAGUAGAAUACAUAUUUUUUCCGAGUGAUACAUAGUGCUUUAUACGACACCUGUCUACAGGGAUAAUUAAAUAAGAAGUUUUUUCCGGAAUAAAUUUAUUAAUUACAGCUUGUGUACUUUCGUUAAUCCACGUUGGCGUUAAACUUCAAUACUGUCACUAGAGACGACAUUUUGAUAUAUCAUAAAAUAUUCAAAGAGGAUUAUAAAUUAAAAACUACAAAUUGACAAUAAAAUUCAACAAUGACCAACGCUGUUUUAAUAAGUUUCUUUCGGCAUUUCUUCUCAGCAGUGGUCGUUCCGAAAUGCUAGUAGUUUGUAGCUUUGGUAAAUAUCAUUUAAUUUAGAAUAUGACGUGAAAAAUUUUGAUUUUGAUUCCACAAUUUGCUAAUGCGCAAAGCAUACGCGCAUUUUUUUCAGUCAGUUUCAAUUUAUGAGAAUAAAAGAACAAUUACGUAAGAGUGACCGGCGAUUGAAGUGUGCCAACUUCAGCCAGCAACAGCUAUGUACUAAUUUUUUUAAGAAUUGUCAUCGCCAUGGAUAUCAGAAUAUAUACGGCAUCGCUGUCAUAGUUUUCGGAUAUAAUACGAUAAGUAUUUUAAUUUGCCGAAUGACGGCGAGAUUCGUAUUUAGGUAUUUCAGCCAGAUUACUUCUCAAGGGCACAACGGAUUUUCAUACGAUAAUUCCGCCCGCAUUUUUCGUUCGACUUCAAUCAAGUACUUUCUAAGUCUAAACAGGGAAUAUGAGUCUUUGUAAGCAGGUGUCGUAAAUUGAAGACUCUAUAAACAC